UCUCUCUCUCUCUCUCUCUCUCUCUCUCUGCAUCGAUCAAUAUGAAGCCAAAUAGAGGGGAUGUGUUAACUAAACAGCAGAUUGAUGAGUUCCGGGAAGCGUUUUGUUUGCUAGACAAGGAUGGAGAUGGAAGCAUUACAAUUAAGGAAUUGGCAACUGCAAUCAAAUCCUUGGACCAAAAUCCCACAGAGGAAGAACUUCAAAGCAUGAUCAACGAGGUCAAUAUUGAUGGCCAUGGGACUAUAGAAUUCGGGGAGUUUUUGAAUCUUAUGGCCAGAAAAAUCAAGGAGACCGAAAUCGAAGAGGAAUUAAAGGAAGCUUUCAAGGUCAUUGACAAGGAUCAAGAUGGUUACAUAUCUCCUAAUGAGUUGAAGCGUGUGAUGAUCAACCUGGAAGCAAAGUUAACGGAGGAAGAACUGGAAGAGAUGAUGAGAGAGGCGGAUCUGGAUGGUGAUGGCCAAAUUAAUUACGAAGAGUUCAUCAGGAUGAUGUUAGCUUUCUGAAGGCACCAGCGCAGCUACUCAUGCUUGGCAUGGAUUUUAUAUCUUAAAGAUAUGUUGAUAAUUUAUGUUUGCUGAAACUUUCCCUCCUAUCCUUGCAUAUUCAAUUGUAUUUAAUUUUAGAGUUAUAUAAUCCAUAGAGCCCAAUAAGCGGAAGGAAAUAUUGUGCGAAAUUAAUAUAUAUAUAUAUAUAU